UCAAGAACAGUCAUGUCCUGUUGGAGAGUCUGGAAACUUUUCUGCAUCAGGAUCUGCCAAAGACAGGGUUUAUUGCAGAGGCCAAUCGUAUGAGGGAAUCCCUCGAGUUUCAGUUGGCUCAACAUGCUCGCAAACGACACUCAUUGUUGGCCACGUCGUCCCGAGGCAUGAUACUAUCGCAUCCGGCGUCACCUACAUCCUUCACUGCACCCAUGUCACCGACGCAUGGCCGUCGUCCUUCUACUACACCAAGUUUGUUAUCGUUGGUCCCUCUUCACCAUCCUGUUGCUGACCCCGCUACGCUGUCAUUGACGGCCAGCGUAUCGUUAUCGACGUUGCUUUCUUUUGAAUCGAAACUUAUUGCCCAGUAUCUGACCUUGGCCGAUUUCUACAUCUUCAAAUGCAUUACCUCGUACGAAUACUUGCGAGGUCGUUGGCGAGAUACUGACAAUAAAUGUCUCAACAAUACACAAUCCAGUGAAUGCUGCUGCCAAAAUGAUUACAUUGGCAUGUUAACCAAGCGUGCUAAUAUGCUAAGUCAUUGGGUCGCGCACGAGUUAUGUACAUUAAAAACGUCCAAACAGCGACGAACGACACUGAGAAAAUUUAUUGAAAUAGCCAAGUAUUGUGUGGAAUGGAAUAAUUUUCACACCAGCAUGGUUAUCACCAUGGGGUUACUGUGUCUUCCUGUCCAAAAGUUGGAAGAGUGGCAAUCGUUGCCCAAUCGAGAUGCCAACACAUAUCAAGCGCUGCAAAACAUGCUGGAUGUCGGUAAUAACAUGGCCAUUUAUCGCCAAGCGUUGGCCAAAGCCAACGGGCCUACGAUCCCAUUUUUUCCGAUGGUGUUGAAAGAUUUGACCUUUUUGAUGGACGGCAAUCCGACGGAAUUGGAGAACCCCGGUCAGGGUCCUCCGUUGGUGAAUUUUGGGAAAUUCAGAACGCUGGCGAAAUUUGUACAAGACAUGCACAAUCAUACGAGCGAGAACUAUGGGUUUGCCGGUGACCUCGAGCAUCUGGCAUUCUUCCCCGGGGCAUGCAAAAUUGCCUUUGAUGACAAAAAUGAAGCCCACUUGGACGUCGUUGCUGAAAUGGUGGAAAACCGGGUUCGACGAGUCUCCACAUGCUAUACGGAUCCCCAGUGUGAAACCCAGCUCCUACUCUCUUUGAAAAACUCGGAAUGAAUAAAAUAAAAUAAGAAAAAAAGUGCAACUGCUUCGUUUGGAUUGCGCUUUUGGUGGCUCAUGGAUAGUCUUUACUUAUCUUUGUUCCAGUUGACAAAUAAUGUCCA